AGAACAGUAAGAGAGAGAGAGGGAUGUGCUAAAGAGGAGAGAGAGGAGAAACAGCAGAGCGAGUUGGCAGAGGUCACCAUCAGUGUAAUAAGCACACAAACGCACGCACACACAUGCAGCAGACACAGCAUGGAUGCGGCUAGUGUGUGCAACAGCAGAUCAGGUUGUCCGGGCUCCUACAGAUGCUUCACGGGACGCUGAGGAGGAGCCAGCAUGUCGGUUUCUGUGAUAACAGACACGUAUCCGUCCAUCGACCGGCCGGUGUUCUCCGAGGCCCCCACAGGCGCUAAUGUCACAGAGUGGGAACGAGACGCCCUGCUGGCCGUGGCCGAGGUGGUGGUGCUGGCGGUCAUCUUAGUGAUGGCUUUACUUGGCAACGGGUUGGUCCUGGUGGUGUUGCUAAGGCGAAGGCGACACCACAACCCCCUGCACCAGUUCAUGCUGAACCUCUGUGUGGCUGACCUGGUGGUGGCGCUGUUCCAGGUGUUGCCCCAGCUCGUGUGGGACGCUAAGGGACGCUUUCCUGGUCCUGACUUCUUAUGUCGCCUGGUGAAGUACCUUCAGGUUCUGGGAAUGUUUGCCUCCUCCUACAUGAUCGUGGCCAUGACGGUGGAUCGCCACUAUGCUAUCUGCUGCCCCCUGCAGGCACAUCGCAGCGGGGCCACGAAGCGCUGGAACAGCUUCAUCGUGCUGGCCUGGGUACUGUCGCUGCUGCUCAGCCUGCCACAGGUCUUUAUCUUUUCCCGUUCUGAGUUGGCUCCAGGUGUGUAUGAAUGUUGGGGCAACUUCGCCGAGUCCUGGGGCCUCAAAGCCUACGUGACGUGGAUGACCGUAGCCAUCUUCAUCCUCCCCGUUCUGAUCAUCACCAUCUGCCAGGUGCGAAUCUUCAAGGAGAUUCAUAACAAUCUGUACCUGAAAUCAGACCGACGCCUGUCCCCUGCUGCUCUCCCUCAAUUAAGAAAAGAAACCCAGAGAGGAGAAAGAGGAGGAGGAGGAGGAGGAAAGUCUAAUGUCCCCUUCUAUGUUUCCCCCCUCAUGUACAACAACCCUGGGAAUGACAGCAGUUUGGACCCUGUGUCCACCUAUCAGCACCUACCAAUGGGUCCACUCAGGUCCAGCAGCAUCACGUCACAUUGUGACGUUCACACCUUCACUGCUCUUCACCCCGCUCAGUUGCAAGCGGGCGGCCCACCAGACCCAACAGCGCCCUCUGCUGCCUGCUCACCACACCGACCCAAACUGCCCCCUGUGAGAGGUGGAGAGGUAACAGCAGCCAUGUCAAAGACGGUGAGGAUGACGCUGGUCAUUGUGCUCGUGUACUCGCUCUGCUGGGCCCCGUUCUUCAGCGUCCAGCUCUGGGCCGCCUGGGACCCUGACCCACCUCAAAACGGUGUAGCGUUUACCCUGCUGAUGCUGUUGGCCAGUCUAAACUCCUGCACCAACCCCUGGAUCUACUCCGCCUUCUCCAGCAGCGUCUCCCCGGAGCUUCGUCUGCUGCUUCACUGUCAGCCGCACAGUCGGCGCCGAGCUUCCGUAACGAACGACUCCACCAUCACGCACACCUCCAACUGAACACUGGACACAAUGGAGGGCAUGUGGCACAGCUGAGGCGGCUGAUGUUUAAGGAAAUAUUAGUUAAACUGUUAAGAUGAGACCAGAGUUAACCAAUGUGAAGGGGGCGCUGAAAAUAGCCGAAAAUGAAAAGGUUGAGUGGAGCGAGGAUUUUUAUUAUAAUAGAAAUAUGUGAAAUUUUUUUUUUUUUUUUUUUUUUAAAUGUAACUGUAUGUAUUGCCUUAGCUCCAUGAAAAACACAAUAACUACAUUAUUGGGCUUCGGCACUAUAGAGCUCCAUCACUCACACACCCUCCAUGAAACCAUGGAAACCACGAGUCUCUCCAAAGACUACAAAAAUCCAUCUUCCAGCACCUGUGAGGCUCAUUUCUGGGUCAUGUUUGUUAAAUCUGAAUGUUAGAGCUAUGCACUCAUUCCAUUUCAUUAGGUACACCACUGCAAUUUUCUGAUCAGCCAGUCACAUGGCAUUAACUUGGUGCUUUCAGUCGUGUGGACAUUGAACUUCACCUGGUCGUCUCAACAAACCGAGCAUCACACCAUGCAGAAAAGUAAUUUAAGUGAUUUUGGAGAAGGUGUGAUUGUUGGUGUCAGACAGGCUGGACUUUCAGAAACUGUUGAUCUGCUGGGAUUUUCACACACACACACACACACACACACCCACCCAUCUCUGGAGUUUACAGAGGUGUGAAGAAAGAGAACAUAUCCAGUGAGCAGCGAUUCUCUGGGUGGAAAAAAAGCCAAACUACUUCAAGCUGAUAGAAAGGCAACAAUAACUCAUAACUCCUGGCUACAGCCAAAGUAUGUAAAAGUAAAAGAGGCAAAAAGGCAAAAGAGCAUCUUUAAAUGCACAACAUGUUAAGCCUUAAAGCAGAUGGGCUACAGCAGCAGAUAAGCACGCUGGGUGCCCCUCCUCUCAGCUAAGAACAGGAAACUGAGGCUGUAAUUUACACAUGCUCUCCAAAACUGGAUAAUGGAAGAUUGGAAAAACAUUCACAUGGUAGGGGUCAGAAUUUGAAGUGAAUGAGCAAGACUCAAUCCUGGAUUACACCAGCGGGCCGAGCUGCUGGUGGUGUGGAGGAUAUAUUUUGGCACGCCUUUUGCCUCUUGGCACCAAAUGAGCGUUGUCUAAACACCACAGCGUACACACAGAUUGGUGCUGUCCAACCCUUCUAUGCCCAGAGUGUGCCCAUCGUCUGAUGGUUGCAUCCAGCAGGAUAACACAUCAUAGAACUCAAAUCAUCUGAAAAUGGUUUCUUGGAUUUGUAUGGACUCAGAUGUCGUCCAGAGUCCCCUUGAUCUCAAGCCAACAGAGAUAACGGAUGUGCCAUGAAGAAUCAACGAAGUCUAACUCUGUACAAACAAGGUGUACCUAAUGAAAUGUCCAGUGAGUGUGAAUUUGGGAGUCAUUGAGGUUCACGUUUCUCUCUCAUCAAGUUUCUGUAAGUAUUUGCUAGCUGUGGUAGCUUCAGGUAUAUAGAGAUGCCUCCUUUUCAGGAUUUGUGUGCAAGAAUGUAAGUUUUAUAUAAAGAUGUUACACAUGUGUAAUGACUGUAAAUGUACAGUUUUUCUGCUAAUUUUGAAAAAAGCAUUUUUUAUAAUUAUUUAUAAUUACAGAAUCAAUAGAGCAGGUUUCAUUUUAAAAACUGUUUAUUCUCAACACUCAAUAAUAAUAUGAACACAAAAAAAAUCCACAGCAACUAAAAGAAAUAAAAUAUUACAGAAACUAAAAAAAAUUUUGUUCGCUUUAUAAAAACACUAAAAAAGGUGCUGUUACAGUACCGUUUUAAAACCCAGUUUAAAUGAAACAGUAUUGCAUCUUUUCAACGUGUCACUUCACAAAACACUCAUCCUGAAAUUAGAACAACUUUUAAUUUGGAAUCACCAUAAUUCAGAAAAUAAAACCUUGAGUAACAGUUUAUCGAUUACCCACAAUUUCAUGAAGGUCAGUUCUUUUGUUUUUAACGGAAAAGAAAUCAGGGUUUGGAGCAGUCGAAUGUGGACGUACCGACGCAGCAGAUACUCUUUCCCCUGAAAUAUGAACCUGUUGAACAGGUGGAUACUUCAGCGAGGAGAGAGAAACCAGUUUCCCAUUGGUACCAGUAGUACCUUUACAAAAAUACACGCGAAGAAACAAAUUCACACUUUGUAAUUAAUCACUUUGAAUACUAACAUUUGGUCAUAUUUAGUUACCAAAAAACAUAACAUAAUAAGUAUCCAUUCCUACUGAAAGGGAAACAUAAAAUCUGUCACCCAGUCAGAAGCUUUCAGGAAGGAAAUGCUCGAGCGACCGUGGAAACGCUUCAUGUGGACAGGGACUUUAUCCGAUUCUAAAGCUGGUCAUGUGCAAUAUUUCUGUUACUCUCAAUGUGAUGAAAACAAAGAUGGUAACUGUAUUAGUCCCUCUCCCAACAGGGUUCUUUAAACGUUCUCAGCUUUCAGCCACGUUAAUUCACCUGGUUAAAUCGGUCCUUCUGAUAUGAGUAAUUCUGUACACUUCACAAACAAACCUGUGUGCUGAUAUUUUUGUGACUGAACUUUCAAUGAAUGAAAUGACAAAAUCCCCCUAAACUUUAAAACUACCUGCUGACACAAACACACCUCACUCACUCACGUCGCCACUGAUCUAAAUACAUUAAAAUCUAUUAAAAGGACCUCGUUAGAUUGUCGUUUCCAGAAAGCUAAAAUAUUUUACUUUUUUUGUAGGGAUUUGUAGAAACUGAACUAAACCGUUUUUCACUAUUCAAAUACCACAAAUGUGCUGUUCUGCGCCCCAAAAAUAACAUAAAAAAAA